AUGUCUAUGACUCUCGAAGAUGGCAAAGUGGUCCGCCAGCCAAAGCCGGUCCCAAACACACCCUCCGAUGUUUUUGAACAGCUCAGUAUGAAGGGGAAAGUUGUUGCCAUUACCGGUGCAUCUGAUGGCAUUGGAUGGGCCGUCGCAGAAGCCAUUGCAGAAGCCGGUGGCGAUCUUGCUCUGUGGUACAACACGAACAACGCUGCGAUCUUGAAAGGCCAAGAGAUUGCAAAGAAGCACGGAAUCCGUGCCAAAGCAUACCAAGUGGAGGUCUCAGAUCACGAAGCCGUCAGAGUCGCAGUGCAAGAGGUCGUUCAAGAUUUCGGAAGACUCGAUGUUUUCGUCGCCAACGCUGGUAUGGCCAUCUCGAAGGCGAUCACCGAGCAGACUAUUGAGGAGUACAGAAAGCAGAUGUCUGUCAACGUGGUGUUUUGUGCCAAAUACGCCGGCGCCGUCUUCAAGAGCCAAGGGUUCGGUAACCUCAUCAUCACAUCGAGCAUUUCUGCGCACAUCGCAAACGUUCCUGUUGACCAACCUUCCAGANUCUACAACACCACAAAAGCUGCAGUGAACCACCUUGGAAAGAGUCUGGCACGAGAGUGGCGAGACUUCGCCAGGGUCAAUAUCGUAUCUCCUGGAUUUUUCGAUACUAAGAUGGGCGCAUCGCCUCUUUGCAUCAACGAAGCAUAUCGCAUGACCCCGUUAGGACGCAUGGGUCAUGUUAAGGAGAUCAAAGGGCUGUUCCUAUACCUAGCAAGCGAUGCCUCAUCUUAUCAGACAGGAAGUGACACCAUCAUCGACGGAGGCUAUGUACUAGUAUAG